GGAGGCGAAGCUGGGGGGGGGGGCGGGGGAUGCUUUGUCGCCGCUAUUCUAAGGGCUGCGGGGCUGCCUUGGACUUCCAGGCAAAGCGCGCCCGCCGCAGGAGGAGAAGCGGCGACCGCAGCCGGCGCCGCGGUUCCUUUCCGCAGAAGUGGGUAGGCUGGGGCGGAAGGGGUUAACCGCUGCCUGCCUCCCUCUCGGCUAGCGGGCGGUAAUUGCCGGACCAGGCGGCAGCCCGAGAGAAGCCGGUGGGGCUCGCGGGGGAAGGACGCCAGGUGCCUUGGGGGCAGAGUCCGUCAAUUGCCGCGGAGUCCUUGGCUGCUGGCUUGCUUUGUUGUGCGUGGUGCGUUUAUCUUCUUUUGCAUUUAUUCCCCCCCUCCCCACCACCACCACCACCACCACCACCUCCUUUUUUUUUUUUUUUCCCUUCCCUUGCUGCUGCUGCUGCUGCGGGACUUGCAGGUGUGCGCGUGGCAGCCCUGGAAGGAGCAGCUCUCCCGGGGUCUCGCUCCCAGCCUCCCCUAGGGCUGGCGCUGCUUCUGCUAUUGCGGCUGCUUCCGCAGCCCCUGAAAGUUUCCUCCUGGUACGGGCUCCCCUGGGAGGCCAUUGGGAGAGCCCCUCGCCCGGGGACCGCCGUGCCCCCCUCGCCACGCCGGGGCUGAGCGGUGGGGAAGGAAGAGCGCAUCCUCAAUUCAAGCAGAGGAGACGGCGAGGCUGGGGGUGGUUCCCCGCCUGCCAUUCGGUCCUGUCUGAUCUACCCGCUUGCUCUUGAUGUUCUGUGAAGGGGAAAGAAGCGGAUUUUCAAUGCAAGCCAAGUUGUAAAGGAGGCGAGGGGGGGGGGGGGGACCCUUUCCGUGCUGCGGGUUGGCGCAGCCCCCGGCAGCGCUCGGACCUGCCAAGAUUUCUCAGCUGGUUUUGGUCCCGUUUCCUUUCACCCAAGGAGGGGACCUGUGGACUCGGAAGCAAGUCCGCGGUCUGCCUUGCCACUGCGCCCCGCCUCGUUUGGUUUAAGGACAUUCAGGAUAAUCGGGACACCCUCGAGUAAGUAAGCAAGACCUGGGAGACUUGGCACUGAGCUGUUUUCUUUCCUGCUUUUAUCAAUGGAGUCUGAAUCUUACAAGGUUGAUAUGAAGAUGUACAUUCUGAAACACUGAAGCAGAAGAAGAGCUCCACCAGAAGCAAGAAUGAUGCACAGUUUCAAUCCGGUUCAUUUCGAGCAGUUUAAGUGUGGUGCCAUGAGAGAUGCUGUUGUCCAUGACAGGAUGGGAUUAUUAUGAUCAAAUACUCUAUUUUAACUUCACCCAGUGGCCAAGAGCUUCAUAUGGUAGACAGCCAAGGACUGGACUUUUACUAAUAGUGUAACAGGUUCGUGACCGAGGAGUAAACAACAUCGGUGGAGUCAUGCUUCACACGGCCAUAUCAUGCUGGCAGCCAUUCCUAGGUCUGGCUGUGCUGCUCGUUUUCAUGGGGUCCACCAUAGGCUGCCCAGCCCGCUGUGAGUGCUCAGCACAGAACAAGUCUGUUAGCUGUCACAGGAGGCGCCUGAUUUCCAUCCCUGAGGGUAUCCCCAUCGAGACCAAAAUCCUAGAUCUAAGCAAGAACCGGCUGAAGAGCGUCAACCCUGAGGAAUUCACAUCCUACCCGCUGCUCGAAGAGAUAGACCUCAGUGACAAUAUUGUUGCCAAUGUAGAGCCUGGAGCCUUUAACAAUCUUUUCAACUUGCGCUCUCUGAGACUGAAAGGAAACCGUCUGAAGCUAGUCCCGCUAGGGGUAUUCACAGGGUUGUCAAACUUAACCAAGCUUGAUAUAAGUGAAAACAAGAUUGUCAUUUUGCUGGACUACAUGUUUCAGGAUCUACAUAACCUAAAGUCCCUUGAGGUUGGGGACAAUGAUUUGGUUUAUAUAUCCCAUAGGGCCUUCAGUGGACUGCUUAGCCUGGAGCAGCUCACCCUGGAGAAAUGCAACCUAACAGCUGUACCAACAGAAGCCCUUUCCCACCUUCACAACCUCAUCAGUCUGCAUUUGAGACAUCUCAACAUUAACCUUUUGCCUGUGUAUGCCUUUAAGAGAUUGUUUCGCCUAAAAGACUUGGAGAUCAACUAUUGGCCUUUACUGGACAUGAUGCCUGUGAAUAGCCUGUAUGGUCUCAACCUCACUUCUCUCUCAGUCACCAACACCAACCUGUCUGCAAUACCUUAUUCUGCUCUUAAACACCUGGUUUACCUGACACACCUAAACCUCUCCUUCAACCCCAUAAGCACCAUUGAGGCAGGCAUGUUUGCAGACUUAGUGCGUCUGCAGGAAUUGCACAUGGUGGGGGCCCAGUUACGUACCAUUGAACCACAUGCUUUCCAAGGGCUCCGGUUCUUGCGUGUACUUAAUGUGUCCCAAAACCUGUUAGAAACGCUAGAAGAGAAUGUAUUCCAUUCUCCCCAAACUCUUGAGAUCCUCUGCAUUAACAAUAACCCCCUGGCUUGUGAUUGCCGCCUCCUUUGGCUAUUACAAAGGCAGCCUACCUUACAGUUUGGUAGUCAGCAGCCCAUGUGUGCCGGCCCAGACAGCGUCAGAGAGAAGCUGUUCAACGACUUUCACAGCACCGCCCUUUCCUUUUACUUCACCUGCAAGAAGCCCAAGAUACGAGACAAGAAACUGCAGUACCUGGUAGUGGAGGAAGGACAGACAGUGCAGCUGAUGUGCAAUGCCGAUGGGGACCCUCAACCCACCAUCUCCUGGGUGACGCCACGACGGAGGCUGAUCACAACUAAAUCAAAUGGAAGAGCCACGGUGCUGGGAGAUGGCAUGCUGGAGAUCCGAUUUGCUCAAGAUCAAGACACUGGGAUCUACAUUUGUAUUGCAAGUAAUGCAGCUGGGAAUGACACAUACUCAGCCUCCCUUACGGUAAAAGGAUUCACUUCGGACCGUUUCCUUUACGCCAAUAGGACCCCUAUGUAUAUGACAGACUCCAAUGACACCAGUUCCAAUGGAACCAAUGUGAACACCUUCUCUCUGGACCUUAAGACAAUACUGGUGUCCACAGCCAUGGGCUGUUUCACAUUCCUUGGAGUUGUUUUAUUUUGUUUCCUACUUCUUUUUGUGUGGAGCCGAGGGAAAGGCAAGCACAAAACCAGCAUUGACCUUGAGUAUGUUCCCCGCAAAAACAAUGGUGCUGUAGUUGAAGGGGAGGUUGCUGGACCACGGAGGUUCAAUAUGAAAAUGAUUUGAUGGUAUACUGCUAGCAGUGCUUUUUCUGUGGCAUUAUAACCAAUUAAACAUGCCUGGCAUGUGGAAUUGCUAGGCAGAGGCAGCUUAAUGCAGCUGUCACUGUGUCAAAUGGUUAUGUGGAAAUGGAAAGACUAUUUGGGGUUGUACAGUAGAGCCUCCUAACCUUGAGGCAUGUGUGUCAGGGCCUUUCAAAUAGUUGGUAAAUGGUACUAAUUGUUUGCAUUGCAAAUAUUGGCAUUCUGGGGAUCUCAGUAAUGAACGGUUGGCUCAUGUUCAUGGACAGUUGUUCAACAUUUUCUACCACUACAAAAAAGAAAAAGAAAGGAAAAAAAACCUACAGUGUAGGAUUUACAUAUUAAAAAAGACACAUUUGUCUAAAACAUACUCUACAGUGAAAUUUGUAUCUAUAGAUCUCAUUUGUUAAAGCCUUGCAUCAUACCUUAUAGUUGGUUCAACACCACAAAGAAACUGAGCUUAUCUUUUUUUAAUAUACAUAUAUACUGUGUCCAUUUUAAAGCAAUAUGAUUGAGAGGUUGUGCUUUGAGAUAUCCACCGAGACUGACCCAAGUGUGAUGUCACUCCUCCCCUUGACUACAGUCAAACCUAAAAUUAGACCUCUGUAGUUACUGAUGAGACAACACAAGAUACUUUUGUUCUCAUGUAGAAGACCAGAGAGACAUAGCUUAGGGCACAAAUGUCCUGUUCUGUUGAUCUUCUCUUCAUAUAAAUAAAAGGCAUGUGCCUAGUUUUGAUACAGAAUGGAAUAUUUUUUAUAUUUGUGAUAUCACACUGGACCAGUUUACUGUAACAAAGCCCUGGUUCUCAUCCAGGAGAGUCCAACCUACUAGGCGUAACAGACAUAUAAAGGAGAUAAAUUAUACUUUGAAACAAGAGAUCUGUUUUUGUCACCCCUUGGUUUUAAUUUCCAAGCCAUUCUUAAAAUGUUAACGUGUACUGGGGGAAAAAGAAAGAAGGUAAUGCAUUCUGUGUACUCCUAGGGACAUAUGGUCACCUUAGUAUUUGAGGGAGUGAAUUAAAAUGUACAAAAGCUCUGUUGAUAGGAAUGAACUCUUCUCAAAUGCCAAUAAACCAGAGGUAUCCAUGCAUAAUAUGAGGAUCAUGCUACUAAAGAAAUGUUUAAAACAUGAUAGCCUCCAAAAGGCCAAAGUACUGCCAGUUAUAAUGAACUUCUAGCCACUGUCAAUCUCAUCCCAUCCAUUAAUAAAUAACAUACAAACACAAAAGCUAAUUUCCAUUAACAGAUUAUUUCAAUCUGCCAUUUUAAUAAUUGUAUUGUCUUGGGUUUUUUAGGGACAAUGGCCCAGAGCAGGAGGGGGCAAUCUGGGUUUUUUUUUUCGUUUGUUUGUUUUUGUGGAGGGGAGAAGGCAAGGGGAACAUUGGUUAUCUUUAUAUAUGUGUUUGUUUUAUUUCUCUAAAGAUCAUACAAAAAGGGCUUGGAACUGGAACUGUAAUGUCAACUCAUUGUACUGUUGGUAUCAAAAAAGAUAUUUUAGAGUACUAGUAUUUUCCAACUCUUGAUAGGAGGGGGUAGUGUUUAACCACCUUGUAAUGUCCUGAUAAAUAUGAGCCAUAGAUUAAUUUAUUUAAAUGUUUGGUUGACAAUUAUAUAUGAUUUAUAAUUAUUUGGAAUAACUUGAGUAAGAAUUAUAAUCAAUGUAUUUAACUAGAAUGAGUAUGAAAUCAACCUAGGGUAAACUGUUCAAAAGUGCCUAUGUGACUUGGGAGCCUAAGUCUCAUUUUGAAAAUUUAACAUGAACACUUUGGAGCAUAAAUCAGAUUGACUGACUCUGAUUGGGACUUAGCCACUUUUGAAAAUGUUACCCAUGUUCUUUGGCUGAGAUUUUCACAGCAGAGCUAUGGGAUUUAGACACAGUUCUUCUAUUGCUAUAAAUAAAGAGGGGUGUUUAAAUCCCCUAGGCUACAGUCUGUCCAGGCAGAUCCCUGAUUCAGAUGCAGGAUCAGGACCUAGACUGCAUUGAAAAUCUCAACCUGUUGUUUUCAGUGGCUGAUCUCCAUUUAAACCAUUGCUACAUUUCAUGUAGUUUCAUGUAGUUCAUGUAGGACUACGGGGGUGUUCCCUUUUUUUAUGCACCACAUUAGAUUACUGGGGAUUUAUAUGGUGGGGACUAAUCCUUUUGUCCUUUGAAAUUCUAUGGAAUUUUAAUGAAAUGAAGUGAUCCCUGAAUAAACAUGUGACAACAGAAAGAUUGUUUUUGCUGAUCAAACCACAGAGCCACUGAAACGCUAUUGUAUGUUUAUAUGGAUAGUAAAAUAAAUAAUGAGGGGGAAAAGAUGGCUGAAUUAUCAAUUGGAGACAUUUCCAUUUGCCUUUCCCUUGUAAUUAUCAUUUAUCCAUUAGCAAUCCAUUUCCCCUGUAGUGAUGAUGACCUGAUUGAACUCUGACAAUAAAAUCAAUGUUUUGAGCAAAAGUGCUGCUGAAUUCUGGUUUAGGUGGUUGCUACAAAUCCAAAUGGAUGGCUUUUUUAAUUGUUUGUUUAUUUUAAAUUACACAAAAAAGGAAAAAGAAAGUGAUGGGAAAAUCAGGAGGAGCAGUAUUCAUAGAAAUUAAUCUAGAAUGUAUUGUGUUUUCAAGUUUAACUACUACCCCACUGCUGAACCCCUCCCUUUCCCCCCUCUUCCCUACCCCACCUGGAAAAAGUAUCUCAGAAGUAAUGAAAUAGUUAUUGUCCUGUUAGGGUAUCUGAUUGGUAGUGGAAUUGGCAACUUAAAUGAAAAAUGAUGUGAGUAGUAAAAUCCAUAACUAUGCAGGCCUUGCAGAGACUUAGUCCAUAGGACAACACGCAGCAAGAGAUAGAGGAUUGUAGUACAUUCUGGGCUUUGUUGUCCGAACACCGCUGUUUGCUCAUGGCCUGUUUCUGUUUCCUUUGCAUUAGGUAGUACACUACUCCUUUAGACAGCCCCAUUUAUUUCAUUGGGACUUUGCAAAGAGUAAGGUACCACUUAACAUGAGUAAAGAUGGCAGAAUAGGGCACCAAUCAUUUUAUCCCCAUUUUGUUUUUUGGCUUCCCAUAGACCUGAUGCUAUAUUUCUUGGGCAUCUGCCAAUGACUUCACUGGGUGAGCAAAGAAUGCAGGUUCUGACUCCAGGUAAGCACUUCGCUGCUCUGUUUGGAAACAUAUGGGAGCAGUGACCAGAUGAGUAUUUAUUCUGUCCUUUAUGCACUUCCAAUCUAUAUAAAUUUGGACCAGCUGCUCACCUGCCUUUGCAAGCAGGGAGUGGCUGCAGCUUCCUUUACUGCAGGCCAGUUUAGUUUCAGAGGAAUUGAAUUGAGUUUAAUGGGAUUGCUGCUGCUGCUCAGGGUCUACCCUAGCGUAUUCCAAUGCAUGAUUGGGGCCUGCCAGUGAAUGAAAGUGAGCACAAAUUGAACACUUAGCCCUAGCUUUUACUUGUCUUUUGUCUACCUCUAAAGAGCUGGUUGUAAGGACUUACAGACAGUACAAAUGCAAGUGGCAUCCCGGGGUGAUUAAAGCAUCAGAACUGUGAGCAGCAGCAAUGCAGUACGUGGUUUUUGAAAGGAAGAAGUUGGAAGAGUUGAAAGCAGCAGAAGUCCCAGGGGGAGAAUGCAUCAGAGGGACUGAAGAAAGGAGGCUCAUCAUUCACCCCACUUCUAAAAUCUGUAAGACCCAGACUGCAUCUCCCAAACAAAUAAAUCCCCCUGCUUUGACAAGCAAAGAUCACAUUGUGCCCCUGCCUUGUAAUCUACAGCAUGCAUGAAUACUGUGACUCCCCAACACUGCAUUAAAAAGGAAUUUGGAGCAAUAUCAAACUGAAAUCGUCACAAGGUGAUAUUAGAACAUUAUGACACUAGGAUCAGGAUUAAGGGCAACCAGCACCCAAGUACACUGACAUUUCUAGACUUUCAGCUACCCUGUGUGAUACGGUGUACAAACCCCACACUGGGCCCGAAGAGGUUAAAGGACAGUACUGGGCCCAGGUAGCCUCACCUCUCCAGACCUGCAGAGCAUGCUCCAGCUGGAGCAAAAGCUUAAAAGGGAGCAACUCACUCAGAAGGGGAAGAAGACAGACUUACCCUGAGGUCUUCUGGACAAGGGUGCCUAAGAAGCAUCCCUGUUGGAAGAGGGCUGCAUGCUGAGCUCGGUUAGGGCUGAAGGUUUAGUUGACUGUUUUUUUGUUAUCAAUAUGGGACUUGGAGCUGUGAGGAGAGAGAGAUGGUAGGAAGUGCCCCAGGGAGGGUAACUCUGAGAGCACUCCAGGGUGCCCGAGACUGCUGACUGUCACAGGGCUCUGGGUCGCAGCCCAGUGGGGUCGGAGGGCCCAGGCUCCCCUGCCAGCUGCCCCUGCUGCAUGGGAGCAUAAGCACAUUCCAGUCUCACCCCCCUCUGAUACAAAGAGGGCAAAGAUGCUGCAAACCGAAGGUGAAGCUAAACCCAUCCUUUGGUGAGGAACUGGACUGAAAGGCCUUCCUGCUGAGAGGCAAUAUGGGUGUACUAACCACUAGACUACCUGGUCCACUGAGAGCUCUAUGACACCCUACAAUACAUUUUUGUUCUGGCCUUACUCUUCAGCCAGGCAACAUCCACUGCCAACAUUCUCCCACCCAUCAACUCAGCUGGACUCACUGAGUUUCCUCCCAUCCAGGCAGCCCAGCCUUCCUGAACAGACCUAUCCUUCUUCUGUAUUCUGCUUGUAGAUGUCAAUAGCUGGCAAUGUUUUCAGAAACCAUUAUUGAAAUAAGGCAGGUAAUUAGGAGCUGUUAGACGGGUGGUGGUGCAAUAUGGUGUGUUAGGUGUGGGGCAUUUGAAGCUGUCUCUAAAGAUUCCCUCUAUUACAUGACCCAAAAUAUACAUUUUCUUUCCUAUAUAUUGCAUCAUGACAUGGAUCUGCAGUGAUACCAUCACCAUACAGAAAGAUAUGAAUCACACCCUCAACAUUGUGAAAUUACAUAGAAAUCCAGUUAUGGGAGACACUCUAAACACUCAUCAUUAUCACUGCACAUUAUUGAUAAAACGGGAGCACCCAGAAGUCCCACUAAGGAUAGCACCAGCUGUGCUAGGUACUCUAUACACUGAUAUAUACAUGUUCUCUGUCCUGAAGAGCUCAUUUUCUAAAAAGACAGAUAACACUUAUUAACUGGGGAAAAUGCCAACACACACUAUUUAUGUACAAAUAUAUGUUCCCCCAUAGUGAGCUUUAUAGCAUUAUUUGCUGAAGAUUUUGGGCUUGUUUCAGUGAAGCAGUCUAACAUGUGUAUGCUCCUCCAAACCAACCACCAGGUCUCACAAAAGGCUACCUCCAGCUACCCUUGGCUUCCCCAUCUGUGUUGUCACCUUCAGGAAUUCAUGUUUGCCAGCACCCCUUCCAUUGUGAUUGGGAGGAGGCCAGUAGUCCUGCGCUCCACUCUGGAGUCUUCGAGGCAUGCCUCUUCCUUCCGUAUCCCUCACUGUGGUGAAUCCACUUGUUCCAUCUUUCUGCUAAUGGUAAUUAGUUCCUCUGUCUUUACUCCAAUCCUUCCAUGGUGUCACUCCCUUUCUUUUGUGAUGUCUUUCCAGCCUAUGGGGUGGCAAUUCUGGCUCUUCUCCACUUCCUCUUCCUGCUGCCUCCUCUCUCUUCUUACCAGCUCAGCUGAGGAGUGAGUGAGGAGGGUGAAGGUCACCAGCGCCAAUCCUUCCCUCUGGGUCUUAAUUCUUAUCUCCUAAAACCACCACCUGGGCAGCAACAAGAAGUUAGUGCACUACACACAGCUGUUUUGCUGUAAUGCAGCUUCUGGCCAAACACUGGAUCCCAUGGCCUGUAUCCCCAAGAUUCAAGGGUAGUCCUCCCCUGCUCUGGGAGAGCCUGUGGUGAGAUAGACUUAAGAAAGAAUAACUGAAUAAGCCAUUUAUUUCAUUCAAUAGUAAGAGAAGAUUAAUUGUUGCUAGUGCUGGGUUAAAAGUUAAAUAACCGCCAUGGGGAAUAACAAACUAUGUGAUAGAUCAACCGAUCAUUGGACUGGUUGCUGGAGGGUCAUUGAGGAGAAUGGGUGAGAUUUUUCAAAGCCAUAGCCAUUUGGAUGCCCAGCUCCCAUUAAAUGUAAUAGGACUUGUGCACCCAAAUCCUUUAGGCAGUUAUAAAAAUCUCAGUUGGUUGUUUAGGUGAUUUCCUCUCCAUUUGUCUUUCUUCUAGCUCGUCACACAUGCACCCUUCACAUGACUUUGACCCCAAGUACAGAUUUGGAGGAGUUUCAUUGAGUAUUUGGGAUCUAGAGCUCCAAGUAGAAUCUUACGAUGUAUGAACCUUGCCCAAGAACUAGGUUUGAAUUAUCUUUCCCUGCCAAUGAAACCAGCCAAGUUUUGCACACUUCUCCUUGCUAUUGAGAUAAUCACAUGCCGACAGCAUCUGUAGGUUAAAUUAUUCUGAUUUUUUCUCCUUUUACUAAAAGCAGGUGCAUUGAUAGAAUGCCAGCCUGAAAUAGAAAUCUUUAUUUAUAGCAUGAACAGAAUGAGAAAAGCACUGGAAUAGUCAAGAAAAGGUUCCAUUUUAUUUUAUUUUAAGGAAAACUUUGUCCCUAAUCUGCAAAAUAGAAGACAACAGAUGAGCAGAUUUUCAUCUUGUAACUUGCUAAUUGACAUUUUAUUCUAACUGGUGCCAAAAUGUCUGUAUCCAAUGAGCAAACGUGUUAGUGCAAAAGAACUGAAGCCAGACUUAUCUCAAUUAGGCUAGUGUAAAUCACAAUCAUUAUAAUGGUGGCCUUCCUGAUUUACAUUGGUAAAGCUGAUAUUGGAAUCUGGUCCUUUAUUUUCUAUACUAAGAGGGCUAGCAUGAAAAACAUGCAGAAUGUAUGUUUUAUUUAUUUUUCACUUCACUGGCAUACCUUCUGUUCAGAUUGCUUUAAUAGUAACCAUUGCUGGUUGAGCAGGAGAUGAUAUUCAGAUUUGCCAAUAAAUAAAUUAACACAACAGACCCAAACUAACAAGCUGUACAUGCUAUGUGCGGUAAUAGCAAAUCAGCUGCCUAUAUACUCAUGUAUAAAUCCAGAAUUUUAAGCUAAAAUUUCAAGUUAACUGUUGGGGAGGGGUAAGUUUAUACAUGGGAUAAUGCAGCAUUAUUUCGGAAUGCAAAUUAUUAUUUAAUAACAAAUACAUUUUAUUAUGGUAGUUAAUAGGCCAGCAAGAUGGGACACUCACUGUGCUUAGCACUAUACAAACUUAGUAAAUGACGGUCCCUGCUCCAAAAUAAUUUACAAUCUAAAACUGUCUUAUAUGCAAGUAUAUAUGAUAACAAGUCUCUCAUUGUUUAGGGAGGGGUUGCCAUAUAUUAUAAAUAUUAUAAUAUUGUGAUACAUACUGAAAUCCAUCUGCAAGAAUCUGUAGUUCAUAUGUUUAUGUUUGUGUGUGCAAAAAUAAGUUACAUUUGAUUUUUUUUAAACUUGUGAUUUUUUUAAAAUGUGAUUUAACUUUUUAAAUGUGAUUUUUUAAAAAGUGAUGAGGUAAAGCAGAAAAACAGUUGUGUGUAUUUAUUUUAAUAUAUAUGGUCAUAAUUACGGAUGGGAAAUGAAACAGUCUGUUGUUAUGAUCUAUGAAGCAGAUGGCAACUUGGGUUGGUUGAAAGCUUGUUUCAAAUAUUGCUAAUGCUAAUGACAAAGAGCUUUGUUUCUCAUGAGAACUGUCCUGAAUGUCAUUUUUUGUUUCAUUUGUUUGUUCUUAGGGCUUAUGUCACAGUGUGUAUCAUACAUAGCCAAAAUACCAAUCCUAAAUAAAUAAUUCCAUGGACUUGUAAAACUUACUGAGAAAACUGAAGAAAGUUUACACUUCCAUCAUAACUGUUUGCUUUCUUCCAGGGGGUAUGAAAUGUAACCAAGCAAAGAAAAUUGUAGUCUACUCACAUUGAGUCCUGAGUCCUUAGUCCAAACUCUACAUGAAGGCUAAGAAAAGUGUGACGAACAACAUAAUUCAUCUUAAAGUGGAUCUUGAUAAGUUACGAAUGGGAUUAUUUGACGAGGUUCUCUCCAAUAGCAGGGGACUGGACUCAGUGAUCCAGAUGGUCCCUUCCCAUUCUAUGAUCCUAUCACAAUCAUCCGCUAUAGGCUUGAACCCAUGACCUUUUGAACUAAAAGUAUGAGCCUGUACUGCUUGAGGUAAAGAACUAAAACUCCCAAGCUGGUAAGUGUAAUAGACCCUUUAGCCUCUAAUGUGCACCAGUCCUAGUGGGAGACCAAGUCCCACAGUGUGGCUUUGGGUAUAAAGAACAUCACAAUACAGCCCCAAUAUCAGGAAGAUGUCCUCAUUUACGAGUUUCUCUGACUGUGGGAUAGCAUCCAGGGGAGUAGGGGAAACUCUUUUCUUGUGUCAUUUAGAACUUCACCAGAUAAAGCACUCGAGAACAUGAAAGAGCAGGGAGAUGGAUUGUAUGACCUAGCAGGCUUUUUCCAUCUCUCAUGUGUUUCUAUUAUUCUAUAUUUUUUAAAAAAGCAAUUCUGCCACGAUUCACUAAAGUAAGCUACUUCACAUAAUGUUAGACCACAAAAGUGAAAGGAUAUUUAUCUGCCUGCAGGAUAAUAUCUAAUUCUAUGUUGCUGAUGGCAUAAUUCAGCCAUCAGCACAGGACUUCAUUGCUUUUGAGUUCUGUCUCCCAGCUAGCAACAUCUUAAAACUCCGAGGCAUGGGAAAAACAAGAUGUACAAGCCACGUCCCCAGGAUAGGUAUGGAGAGGGGGGAUUUCCAUGUACAAAGUUCAACCCUCCAUCCCUACCUCACAUAGUGCUCUCUGUAGGGUCAAGGGCAAGCAGAAAUUAAGCCCAUGAUGGGAAGAGGCAGGCAGGACCCCUGCAUACCAGCCCCAUAGAGAUUACAGCGGGAAGGUAAGACAGCCACAGACUGUAUAUUGCCUUUUCUGUGGAGCCUUCUGUGCUGAGGAAUCUCCUCCUUAAAGUUGGAUCCCAGGAGAAGCCCUAGUAUCAUGACUCCAUUGAAAACACAUUGCCAGGAGGUAGGGUGACUCUACGGGAUUUGAAAGUGAUCCAAAUCUUCUAUUCCUUCUGGAGCUCUGCCACCACCCCCAUAAACCUCUGGGGUGAACUUGUGGAGUUUUCUUCCAUCUUAUCCAUCUCAGGUUUAUGGAGAGGAGGCAGGCAGCCCAGACUUAUCUUACUUCACAUCAUUGGUUUUCCAAAAUACAGUCCCUUGUGUGGGAUCAAAUUGUCUGCUGGGGAGAAACAAGUUAGAGCAGAAAGAGCUGUACUCAGCAUAUAUUACUCAGCAGGGGUAAAACCAGAGGAAGUUUUACCAUGUAUUUCAAUAGUGCCAGGAUUUCUCCUUAUCUUCCUCAUGAUCAGUGCUGUUGAAAAGAGUCAUAGGUAGUGUCCUGACCUAUCCCGACUGUCAGAAGUCUCAUCUUCCCUUGCACAGUGAGAAGGAGCUAGAGGAAAGGAGAACUACAUACCAAGAGUUUUGUCAGGCUGUGCUGUCAGAUAUAGAACAGCCCUUUGCUCACUUUGGAGCUUUUAUUUGCAGGGUCACUGAAUUAAGGUUUAACUGCUUGUUGCUGUAAAAACAUUACUGACUAAAGCAGGGCUCUUUGCACCCCGAGGGAUUUAGCUUGAGGAAGGAUAGGCAUGGUGUUAUCACAGCAGGUUGAAGACCCACUGGAAUCUCAUUGAUGGGAGCAGUGAUAUGGAGGCUGAAUCAGUGCUCUUCUCAGUUGUCCUGACAACAUCUCCACACAUAUUUGAGACAUGCCCCCCCCCCAUGCUACUUUCUUUUCCUCAGCAGAAGGAAGGUUUUGGCUGCUUUCUGCCACUGCAGUCUCCUCCCGUGGCAGUGUUAAUGCCAGGGACCUCCACCAGUGUCUACACUGGUCAAAGCUGGUAUUAGACCUGAGGUGAAUUGGCUUAUUUUCAUUUUCCUUUCUUUUCCUUUCAAUCUGAGAAUACCAUUGCCAGUCUGCAAAGAUGCAUUCAUCUUCAGCAUGAUAUGGUAGAAGAACCAUCCCACCCCCCCAAUGAUCUGAUAAUGCUGCAGUUUGGAAAGAUGCACAAGAUGUCUUGAAAGAACUCUUCCACCUCUAAUUUUAUGAUUCUUUUAUGCCGUUAUGGUUCCUUUUCUGGGCUACCUGAUGUUGUCUCCAGAAAUAUAACCUGUUCCAAUAUCACAAGUUAUCAUCUGGUCUUGUCUGAUGUAUCCAUUAGAGAACAGCAUCACCACCACCCCAGGCACUAAGUCACUGGCAACCUCCUUGAAAAUUUCAGCACAGGAACUGAAUGGGCAUGGAGAAUGAACUUCUCUCUCCCAUAAAGCUGACCCCUUCAGAAGAGGUAUGAGACACAUUGGCAAGUCAUAAUAAGUAGGUUUCUGCUAUCUCCGUCUGGGCUGUAGGAGUUUUGCAAGAGAUUUUUCAAAAGCACCCAAUAUCUAGGAGCCAAUUUCUAUUGAAAAUCAGUGAUCUCUAUGUGCCUGGAGGCCCUAGGGAUUUUAAAAAUCUCUUUCAAGAUGAAUAGAAGACUUCAGUCCCAUGACUAUCAAUCAUUGAAAUUGCCUUUAAUAAAUAAACGUUUAAAAAGAAGGGGGAGGGUGAAAUACUUGGAUAUUUUCCCCCUGCAUCCACAUCAACUACUAUUUCUCUUACCAGAUACUUGAUUCAACAUGGUUUCAUGUGAGCUGGGAAGACAGGUAUGGGAGAGUUGAAAGCCUUUCAUGUUUAAAUGACAGAUUGCAUCCAAAGGUUUGUCAGAUCUCAAGUGAAUGCAUCUUUGAAGAGGAGAGGGAGGAAGGGAGAGUAGAAUGCGGCACAUUUGUUAAUAACCCCUGGUCCCAUAAGAUUACUCCUGUGUGGAUAGCUCACCUAUCCUUUGAACCAUAUAACCCCUGUAUUUAGCCUUCCAUAUUGGGGUCACGUUUGGAGUGGCUGUACAAGGGGGGCCUGUGUAUCCCUUGCAUUCUCUGGAUUGACGGAAUGUGUGCUCACUUUUCCAGGAUCCACUGGGUGUUGACCAAGGGUCAGACUCCUGGAUCCAGAAACCACAUGCAUUGGCCACAGAGGGCAACAAGCUCCCCUGUCGUGCCCAGAUUGGGGUCAAUUCCUUCUCCCUUAAACCCCAUGGAGCUCCCCACACAAAGCCAGAGUCUUAGUCUCUGUGUUUGGGAGGGUCCAGUUUCACCCUUAGUAAUUAAGGAGAAAUGGUACAGUAAUGAGUUAGUGAAACACAAAGUCUGAUGAUAGCGAGGAAAUGAAAUUGAAGCUCUGAUAGAAGACGAUGUGACACUGGUAUUUAACACCUUGCCUCAGUACGGGGAUCCUGUCAGGGUUGCAAGACCUGGAUCAGCAAUUAACACCUAAGGGAGUCAUUUAGCUAGUUAGGGCUGUAAUCACCAGCUGGAUGAUCUUAUUUACUUCAUCAAAGUGGAAGUUAUAUUUGUGAGCUAUUUUCCAAUAACUUUGCAGUUUAUAUUUUUCAAAGCACAAGUGAUAGAGCACACUUAUUUAUUAUAGGAAGACAAUGCUAGUAAAUUUAAUCUAUUACUUUUGCUACGAGCUAUUAGCUGUAUGUACAAGACUAAUAAGUUACAUCCAUUAUAUAAAGUGUUCCUAUUUACUAAAACCAAACAACAUUUCCGCUUACAAAGCUACCGCACUAGAUUGAAGUAUGCACAAUGCAUCAAUUCUAAUGUCCUGUUGGUAAUUCAUUUCUUGAGCAGAGAACAGGCUUGCACUGCAAAGAGUUUACAGACACAAUACACUCCUUUGAUUUAUAUAAGAGCUUUACUUAAUGGGGCUCAUGGAGUCUGAUUGUCUUUGCUAUAGUGGAUUGGCAGGCUGUCACAUUUUGCUAAAAGAAAUCUGAGCAGCACUGUGUUUCUCUGGGAUGGGUUUAGCUGUCAGAAAGAGUUGAGGCCUAAUAGUAUAAGCCCAGGUCUGGGAACCAGAUAUUUCCAAGUUUUAAUCAAAGCACUAAUACUGAGUCUGUGCCUUUGCCUCAGUUUCCCUAUGUAAAUAGGGAUAACAAUAUUUACCUUUAAUAGGGAAUAGUCUUCCGCUGAGCUCAAGGGUUAAAAACCUAGGGAGCUGAGGUGUUCUACUAGUUGCAACUAAGGAGUGAAAAUUCUUUACACAUGGUACCAUUAAAGAAAGACAUUUAGACAGAUACUUGAUAAAUGCUCAGAAAUCCAAACAAGCUCUACAAAAUUUUCCCAAAAAUGAUGCUUGGGUGGGUGGUAGCAGUGGUCUACUCUAUACUCAGUGGUUCCUCCAUAUUUAGAAUUGGAAUAACAUGUUUGUUAAGAUGUUUGCAGAGAAAUUGCAAUGUAUGAUCUGACAUUUUGUGUCAAAGAAACACAUUAACCAGCCUUUCCCUUUCCCCAACUCAAUGCUUUAUCACUUAUACAGACAAGUUAAUGCCUAGUUUAAAA